CCGCCUCUGUGAAUGGGGGGCCGGGCCGCGGGUAGGGUGACCGCAAGUGGCAACAAUGUAAAAAAAAAAAUCCGUUUCAUUCACUCGGAGCUUGCAACUCCCGCGAAAGAGCCGCUGAGCAGCCGCCGCCGCCGAGGGGGCAGGGAACGGGGGCAGUUUCCCUGCACAUCCCUGCAACUUUGGGCUGAGGGACGGGGGGGCAUCACUGAUGAGCGUGAGGCACUCGCAGUAAAACACCGGGGUGGGGGGGAGGAGAGGCCGCCUGCCCCCCAGCCUCUGCCUUUUGCAUUUCAUUUCGGUGCAAGGUUGGUGCCUUUGGCUUCUGCCUGUUUCAGCCUGGAGUGAAGGCGAGGGCGGGGGAGGAUCCUGGCUGCGGGAGGGAAGCUGCACAGUGCUGCGAACCGGGACCGCCCUGAGGAACCUGUUGGAGCCCGGAGCCGAGCCUGUUCCCCGGAUCUCAUCCCAGUCUGGUUUUACAGGUGUGGGGAAGGCGCCCGAGAAAAGCCACAACUCCCCGGGGAACGGAAGGGAAGAAGGAGCCUUUCCUAGAAGAAGAACUUGGUGAAAAGUUUGGUUUGGGGGUGGGGGAAGAAAUGAUUCACUCUUGGGAAUAUUUGUGGCUCUCUUGCUGGGCUGUGGAAUUGCCGAGGAAGACGGGGCGGCUCUAAGACCGAAGGACCCCCCCCCCCGCAUCGCUAUUGCUGAGUGCGAAGUUGCCUGUUUUAUGGUUCUUGUCCUCCUCGGAAGAGGUGGGAUGUGUCCGUGUGGCGGUGCUCUCGGGGAGAAGAGGACCCACAAACUUUGCCUGCUGACUUUGCUCCCCUUUGGCGAGGGCUGGGCCAGGACUGCUCAGAAAGGGUAAGGGGGGGGUCGCUUGCAACCUGUCGCUUGAUUCCGCCGACUGCCGCUGUUCCUGGCUCUCCUUUUCCUUUACAUUGGCACCGAUUGGAUUGAAGAUAUUUUCAUUUUUAAAGCCAUGGGAUCCCUUCACUUCUCCUGCAGGAAAACCGCCUACAGAGUUUGAGAACCAGGGACUUUGCUGGUGCAGAGAGAAUGCACGAGAACAAGGCGAAAGGAGAAAGUUAUCGGUGAAUUCUCCCCCUCACCCUCACAGGACUUUCAUCCACCGCUGGAUUAUUUAAAACAAAAAUCCCCACAGCCCCACCUACACCCACAAAAUCAGAUCAUCCUGAAGACUGGCAAUACUUUUGUUUCCAAAAGAUCCGAUUGCAACAGACUUUGCAACAAGGGGCGACUGCACACAGGAACUGCACAUGCUGCCUAGCAAUGAUUGCAAAAGGGGAUCCGCUGCUCUGAAUGAAUCAGGAGUGUUUAGUUGCAUCAAGAGAAAGGGCAGCCAGAGGCUCUGGGAAUAAAUGAACCGGUUGCAUUCUUGGUAAAGCGAAGCCUUGCAGAUAAAUCGGAAGGUGGGGGGGAGAGAGAGAGAAAAGAAGGAAGAAAGGACGAUAAAAUACGAUGGUGCAUUUGGAGGUGGCCGUGCUGCUGGUAGCCCUCGUCGGGGUUUGUGUCUGGACUGAUGAUACUGGGAAAGUUAUCUCGGAUCGUUAUGCUGUUUAUUGGAACAAGAGCAACCCCAGGUUCCAUGGGGGGGACUACACGGUGGAGGUGAGCAUCAACGACUACCUGGAUAUCUACUGCCCUCACUAUGAGGACCCCUUCCCGGCGGACAAGAUGGAGCGGUAUAUCCUGUACAUGGUCAAUUACGAGGGUCACGCUUCCUGCGACCACCGGCAGAAAGGCUUCAAGCGCUGGGAGUGCAACAGGCCCGACUCCCCCAACGGGCCCCUGAAGUUCUCAGAGAAGUUCCAGCUCUUCACUCCCUUCUCUCUAGGAUUUGAGUUCAGACCAGGGCACGAGUAUUACUACAUCUCUGCUUCUCCCCCUAACAUGGUGGACAGGCCCUGCUUAAAGCUGAAGGUUUAUGUUCGACCAACGAAUGACUCCCUGUACGAAUCUCCGGAGCCUAUUUUCACCAGCAAUAACUCCUGCUGCAGCCUCAGGGUCCCGCACCUCAUCCUCGUGGUGCCGGUGUUUUGGACUGUUCUCACUUCCUAGCCCCGAGAGGAGAAAACAAAGGAAGAGGGGAGCGGUUUGGCAGGGAAAGGAGGAGAGAGACAGACACACGCAGGAGAAGAGACGUGUUCUGUCUGCCUCCGGGGAGAAGGAACCCUCUCGAGCCAGCCUUUUGCUUUGUUUUUUUAAAAAGUUUUCUCUUUCACGAUAACCUUUGAACUGCGACUCCUGAGCCGGGAGGUGGGGUUGGGCAGGGGACACGAGGAAGGAUUUUUUCCCUAUCCCGGCCUUACUCCCAGCUCGGAGCAUUUCUGUUCCUGGCGUGGAUUCGCUUGGAAGAAGGCUGCAAAAUUUCUACCGAUGUACAAAAUAUCACACCCCUGCCCCGCACCUCGGCAGUCUGGUUUGGGGGUGGGGGCGGGGAAUGACAAAAUAACAGUGGAAAAGAGCAGCGUGGGAUCGGCGCUGGUUUCCUGCUUCCGGGACGGCCCCUUUUCGUGGUGCUGGGCUCAGCUCGCUUUGACCCUCCUUGUAGGAUUUUGCUUUUGAAAUUUCUAGACCAAAUAUUAGAAUCCUUUUAUUAUUAUAUUUUUUGUGUGCUUUUCUUGCACUUCUUGAGACUUAGCCACAAAACGACACCCCCGCCUCCCGUCCGUGGUUCAGAAAUCUCCGUGAGCAGCAUUCCCCUUCCAAGCCGUCAUGGGAAUGCAGGAUCAGGGGCUAGCUUGGGCUUUCCUUCCCGGGUUUUCCACGAUGCUCAGACAGAUUCAGUCCCUGGCUCCAAGCAGGGGAGGUUGGUGGCUGGCGAACAAACAAGGUGCCCGGACUCUGGGACGUGCCGGAUCCGGGCCGAGAACGACAGUGCUCACUGCUUUUUUGUUUUGGAGACUAGCCCAUCUGUUUGCCGUUGCUGGUACCACUGGACUCAGCGCCACCUGGGCAGAGCGGUGCCAACACCUUAAUGCUCCUUUCAGGGCCUGUGUUUUGGAGGCAGGGGGCCAGAUGGAAACAGGCCAUCAGAGGCUUUUUGGAGGAGCGCUGACCUGGCUUGGUUGUCAGAACCUUGUGGGACGACUGUACGGUUUUCAUGGAUAUGUGGGUGGUUUCUUUGGGCGGGGG